AUGUUGGAAAUUCUCCGACAUGUGCCAGCUCCUGUUGUGAUCAUCACAGCUGCUUAUGGCGAGCAAGACAAUGAUGACCUCAAAGUCAGAGGAAUGACAUGCAGCAGUUUCACAAGCGUCUCGCUGGAUCCACCGUAUGUGUCAGUCUGUUUGCGCAAGAACUCCCUGAUGAUGAAGGUUCUGGAAAAAUCGACCGGAUUCGGAAUUCAUCUUCUCAAUGAGGAGAACAAGCAAAAGGCUACGGAUUUCGCGAUGCCGCACGAUACUGGCAAGGUUCCAUUCAGCAAGACGGCUGGUCCUUGGUCUCUGGUAUCGCUGGAGAAAUACAUGCCGGAAGUCCCGCCCAAUGCGCCGGAAGGCGAGGAGGAUGAGGAUAAGGUGAAGGCUGUCCCGGUCAUGGAAGAGAGUAUGGCUGCUCUGGUUUGCUAUCGGAAGGCAGCGUUCGACGCUGGGGAUCACAUCUUACUGCUGGGCCAGGUUGUUGCAACAAGUCACCAUGAUUUCCACCCUCUCAUCUAUAUGAACCGCCACUACCACCAGCUGGGCCAUGAGGUGUAA